AUGGCGACGGGCGGCGGCGGAGCCGGGGCUGGGCCCGGGCCCGGGCCCCUUCCCGCUGCCAGCGGACCCGGCGGGCGGCGGGGACCGGGGCUGAUUCGGGCCGAAAGCAAGAGGCUGACCAAGCCAACGGAUGCGGUGGAGAAAAGGGGACCAUACAUCAUGAGCAAGCCUCCCUCCAUUCACACCAAGCUCCAGAGGCAGCGCGAGCUGGCGAAGGCAGCACUGCGAAGGCAGGGGCUGCUGGGGGGACCCGCGCCGCUCCAGCCGAAGCCGGCGGCUAAAAGGUCGGUGAAGUUUAACAAGGGCUACAUGGCGCUCAGCCAGACGGCAGAUGAAAACCUGGUCUCCCUCGAUUCGGACAGUGACGGGGAGCUGGGAUCCAGAUGUUCCUCGGGCUACUCCUCUGCCGAGCAGGUGAACCAGGACCUGAGCCGGCAGCUGCUGCAGGACGGGUACCACCUCGACGAGGUCCCCGAUGAUGAAGAUCUGGAUCUCAUACCCCCGAAACCCGUUGCCUCCUCUUCUUGCCCCUGUUGUUUCGGAGAAAAUCUCUCCUGCGUGAUCCAGUAGACGCCGCUCGGCCAGGGCUGUGCAAGAACAGGUCAAAAGCCAGCACUUUCUUUGUCCUGCGGGGAUGGCUGUUGGUGGCCGUGUCCCGCGCUGGGACGGUGACACAAGGUCUGAACGACACUGCGAUGCUGCUCGUGGUGAGCAGCAGCAGCCAACUGACCCCAAAGGACUUUUCCUUACACUCAGCAAUAUCAGGGAGAGGUGGCACGGUGAUGUUUAGGUGGCCUGGAUGGGACCUGUCGCCUGGCUGGGGUGGGGAGGGCGGAGAGGCAGAGCCCGGGCACCUCCAUGGGGGUAUAAACGGAAGGAAUUGGGAGGUGCAGCAGCACAUGCUCUUCGGUUUGUCU